CCCAAAAUGAGGUCGUCGUUAAAAGUAUUUUACAAAUUUGUACCUAAGCCAAUUCCUUAACACCUGUAUAUCUAGUAUUAAUAAUUCAAAGCUUAGUUUCGCAAAUAAGGCAGCAGAUAUAUGAUGUAGUCAAUUCCUUUUCCGGUACAGCCGGUUAUAUUCAUCAAAGUCCCGAGCUCGAAAGCGAAAACCCUUACUACCACCACCACCACCCACCACCAAUAACAACAACAACUACUGACUACAACAGAAACGCUUAAACAGUGGAACUUCCGAUAGAAAUAAACAACAAAGAUGGGUAAAGUGCACAGCGUUGAAAAGAGAACUGAUAUUCAGUGCUUACUGCGCAGUGAUCGCGAAUACAGCGGUAUAUUUGGAUUGGUCGUUUUACCGUCCGGAAAUGUUAUGAUUACCGAUUUCCACAAUCGAAAAAUCAAAACUGUCCAUAUUGAUUCCGGAGAUGUCGUCGGUGCUUUGACGAUGACGUCAGAGCCGUCCGACGUCACUUUCAUUGGUUACUCAAAAGCGGCGGUCACGCUACCAAACGAACGGAAACUUCAACUGUUAACGGUGACGGACGAUGAUCGAUACAUAGCGUUAGACCAUCGUAUAAACGUCGACGGACGUUGCGUCGGAAUUGACUGGGACCACGACACGUUUCUCGUUUCCUAUGACGACCCCUCACAAGUUCAGCUAAUCAGUAGCGGUGGAAUCGUUCUCAAAACUAUUCGAACUGAUCAAAGAGGCUCUUUCAUAUUUCGUCGUCCACAGGGCGUGGCUUUUGCACGAGAUAAGAUCCAUUUUUACAUUUGCGACUCGGAAACUGACGAAGUGAUGAAAGUGAGGCGACACGAUGGAAUUGUCAUGGCUAUAAAUAAAGAAAUCUAUCACCCAAUCGGCGUAGUUGAGCUACCCGACGAGAAUGUUCUGGUUGCCGGAAAGGACACCAACGCCAUACAUCUUCUGUCGCCAUAUCUUAAAGGUUUGAACACCGUUCUGUCGACAGUGGACGGUAUUUCCCGACCGAGGGCGCUGUGCAUUCGUCAGAGGGGAAAUUCCAGGAGAUGGUAUGACCUGAUUAUAGGUAACCGUAACGGUUCCGUUCUGACACCGUACCGGUUUUUGUUUCAGCCAUAUUAACAUUUUUAUUUAUUAACUGUUAAACAUGUAUUUAUGAAAAUUUAUGGAAAUACAAACUUGACACACGAUAGCCGGCAAACAAAACAUAAACUCUAUCUUUAAACUUGAAGACGUCUGGAUAUAUAUAUAUAUAUUCUAGCUAGACAAGUGAACGCUUAUUUAAACGUCAAGCAAAAGGAACUUUUCAAUUAAAAAAAAGACCUAUAUAUAUGUUUUUAUGAAAGCUUAUUGCUGAAAAUUAAGUAAAUAUACCACAUUUUAUUUUUUCGUGACUGUCCAGCAUCUAAGGUUUAAGUAACAACACUUGCAUAUUCGUGUUGAAAAAAAGUAAACCGUUCGUAACGUUUUAUUAAUUUACAUGAUGUUAUAGCGUGUAAUUUAUCAAUGCACGAAAAAUGGUUUAUUUUCUCACCAAGCGUAAUCUUUUUGAACUUAUUUGUAUUUUUAUACGUGUAUAAAAUUUAAUGUGACGCGUCAAAUGAAAGGACGGCAUCAAGGUAAACGGAGUUGCGUGACGUAACCCAAGCUUCAAAUGUUUUUUAAACUUAAACUUAAACUCUUAAAAAUACUAUUAAUAUAGUUAAAUGUAGAAGAAACAAAAUCGUAGUUUUCACAACUCACAUUUCGUUUGACACGUCACAAAUAUAAUGUUUAUUUAUUAAAAAAAAUAUAUCUUAAUAUACAUUUUCUGUUUUAUAUAAUUAGCUACAAUUGUACAUGAUAUUAUCCAUACAUGUAUAUCGUUUGGCCCUCUUUCGUUGUUUUAACAGUUUGAUAUUUUGUUUUACAUGUAUUUGCUAUUAUUAUUGUUUGUUGAAGCCUAAAUAAAUAAUAAAAUAUAAUAUUUAUGUUGUA